AUGGUCAGUGCAGCCGCACGAGCGGGCACGGUGCGGCGCGACGCGGGCCGGCGCGGGUCGGUGCGGCGCGGCGUGCAGAGUGCACUGUGCAGCGUGCGGCGUGCGGCGGCGUGCAGUACGCAAGCGGAGCAGAGGAUCAAGUACAACGACCCAGUUCUGCGAGAUAACGAACUAGCGAUAUCGACUGCGCUGAUACCCUGCCGGCUGCCGCCCGCCACCGCCCGCCGCCGCGCCGAGCUCAGACUCGUUAUAACAUACUUCUAUGCUUCAACAACAACUAUUAUUCUUCGACAAAGAGAAGAAGAGGAAGAAGAAGUUGAAAGAGGAAAAUUUGAGUCCCCCCUUAACGACGCGUCCCUCAGUCCGCCCGCGCGGAGU